AGAUUUCAGUGCGUCUUGAAGCCGAUUCGUCGCGGGUGUGUUCUGUCCGACACGCCUUAUUUUCCUUCCACCGUUGGGGCUGUUUUGAGGACAGAGGGGGGCCUUGAGUCCCCCAACCACGGCGAUUCUAAUUAAGUGCCCUAGGGAGGCCUUCCCUCCGACAGGGGACAUAUCACAGCACGUGUAUGUUUUGAUGGAAAACAGACCCGGCCACGUGAAUCUCCCCCUAGUACUACACCAUUUAUGUAGUUCAACAGUUCGAGCCAGAUGUUGUUUUUCAUGAAUUGUCGUUGGAGAGACUGGUCUUCAUUUUCUGUCGGAUUAUACGGAGAAAAAGAUUUGGGUUGUGAUAGCCUCCAAACAAGACGCGUCGAUGGUUGAGAAAUGGGCUAGAAGCUAAGCUGAAGGGAGGAAGCUUGGAUGGCGACCAAGUUCAGGACGUCUACUUGAACCCUGGAAGUGGAAGCGAUGUUGGUUAUACUGUCUGAGACUGUGUAGUCUGGUCAACUGAGGGCAUGCGCAAAUAGGCACGUAUUAUACUACAGCCGCCGAUGCAGCAUGGCCUGCCCAGCCUCUCCAUGGACGUUACUUCGCAGGAAACGCUACGUCUUCUACUGUAUCCUCUUCGCAGCUUUGUUCGUGCUCACCCCCCUGUUCUACGACGUGGGUCUUCUCAGGAGAAAAUCCAUUCUGGCAAAACACAAGGCAAGGAAACAACAAGACGUCUUAAACAUCACGGGAAGCUUAAGAGGACUUCUUAGGGAACAACACUUCACAUCUUCUUCCUUAAGACAUGUCACGGUCAAGCCCUGGAGUAAGAUAGUUCCCUCCGUAACAAGUUCUACUCAGAACACGGACAGGAGAAAAACAACAAGAAACAUCCACCUAUCUACAUAUAGAAGUAAUGGUGUGAACACAGAAAUCGACGACAGCGAAGAAAGAAGGAAACAUAUUCCUUCACUGCAAAGACCCAAAAUGCCUCCAAGACUCCUUAAGUCUCCCCCUUAUCAUCACAUGAUAGACAGGACAAGUAUCACAACGUCUGUGCCUAAGAAGGACACGCCCCUACACGGAACUCUCGCUCAGUCACGUUCAGAUAUCGCGAGAGGUCAACGGCAGGUCAAAAAACUUGGAGUCGUCAUUCUAGCGCUCAUGCGUUCGGGAUCCUCGUUCGUUAGCGAACUGUUAAACAACAAUAGGGAUUUCUUUUACCUCUUCGAACCCAUGUGGACCCUCAAACAUAACGGUAAAUACUUCUUUAGACCAAAAGGAUCCGAAGUAGUGGCUGACUUGAAAGGAACACGUGUGAACCGGUUCGAUCGUGAGUACAACAGCUUCUACGAACGCGCGAAGCUGCAAAUGUUGAACGGACUUUUUCACUGCAACUUUACCGGGAUGGGGCCUUAUUACGCCUCGUAUCUAAGAGGAGCUUUCAUCGGGAGAAACGCGAGUCGGACGGUGAGAGACGCCUGUCGAACUGCUCGCUUUAAAAUCAGAGCGGGAAACAGAACUGACUGUCCGAUUCUACUCAGAAACAUUCCCAGAUUUCUGACCGAACUGUGCGCAACACACAAACAUGUGGCGGUGAAAGCCAUCCGUGUAGACAAGGUGGACGAGCUGUUGCCACUCGUGGAAGAUCCUUCGCUGGACCUGAAGAUUGUACACUUGAUAAGGGAUCCUCGAGCAAUAGUAGCAUCCAGGCUGGCACUGUCGCACCCUGCCGCCGUGCGGAACCCAUUGGGACUGCAGGAGCUGCUGAUCCGGACCCUUGAAGCAGACGAAAUCUGCGGUUGGAUGGAGAGAAACGUGCAGUACAGGGAUAACUUACCUCAGCAGCUACGGGGGAGGUACGCUUUAGUACGGUACGAAGACGUGGCAGCCGACCCCUCAACUAUGGCGGAGAAAAUCUACAACUUUCUGGGGAUUCCCUUGCCAGAUGAGGUUACGGAUUGGAUCGAGAAGAACACAAAGGGUCACCAUCACAUCUUCAGUAAGUACCAGACCAACAGGAACUCCCAGGCCACCUUGGACACCUGGCGACACAAACUCGUCUUUUCCUCCGUCUCCAAGGUGCAGAGCAGGUGCCACAACAUCAUGACUGAGUUGGGAUAUCGGCUGGUGUACAAUGCAAGCGAACUGACUAACAUGACGAACAUACUGGUAGAGGAGCCGUCACCAGAAAUUGCUAAUUUGAUCAUAUAGACACGAGACAAUACAAGACUAACAAUAAGCUGAAUCAACGGACUAAGCUGCGUAUGCGCCGCAAUAUGCAUCCUGGGUAAUAUGUCAAAUUGAAAGACAUAAACAGUACAGUAGAAGCCAGUUAAUUGCACAACGGAUUAACGCACACUUCUGUUAACUGCAUAGAAUCCCAAAAUCCAAACCGGUGCGAUCCAGCUAGAUAACUUCGCAUUAUUGCACCAGUCGGAUAAUUGCACGAAAUUCACUGACAAAUAGGCCGUGCAAUUAAGCGGCUUCUACUGUAUUAGCAAGCAUAUAGUGUAGACAAUUACAACAACUGUUUACAAGUAAGAGGCUUACAUUGAAUGGAGAGACUCUUUUUAUAUUACUCAACCACUGCUUUAUUAUCUCCGACGGUGACCUUCCUCAGGGCGAUUCUGACUGGUUCACAUUGUACUGCAGCAACAUGUACCAACGGCUUACCGUUGCGAUCACAAGCACAAGUUAUUUACCUAUAUAUACAGUGAAAUGUCGGUAAAAAUUAAGCAGGAGUUGUGUAAAAAGAGUUUCUUUAUUCAGUGACAUACCAACCUGAUGAACUUAUUUACAGAAGGGACUUUCACAUUUGACUUACUAAAGUCACUUAAGUAUUACCCAAAAUGUAACGCAUGCGCGCAUACGCAGCUUGAUUCGUGAACUGGCUUUUGGUCUCAGCCAGACGUCUUCGCGGAUCCGGAAUAGUAGCACCCUGGGGGCCAGCUGGAUCAAGCUAGGACAGUUUAUUCGGUGGCCCAAGCUAAGACAGUCAGUCCGCAGAUUUCCUACUAGCGCUCCGGGUAGUUUAAGCCGAAUGAGGUCCACAUGCUCUUAAGUGUAGCGAUAACUCCUUCGGACUUAAACUCCCCGGGAGCGCUGAGGUGAGAUCGUCGGGCUCACUGCCUUGGAUCCCCGAACAAAACUCGCUAGUUACCCGAUCCUGUCUGCCCCCCAGGGUAGAACAGUAGAAACUGGCCGCUGGUUAUGAAGGAAACUUUAUGCUAGGCUAACUAUUCCGGUGUAUUCAACGUUUUCGACCAAGUUCUAUUUCUUUAGAAACCAGCAUAGUCUGGUAGAUUUUGUAAUUGAAAUAUUAUUUUGCUGUGCAAACAAAAUUAUUGGCAAAACAUGAUUUUAAUCUCUUACAUUAGGAGACUUGACUUUAUAUUAAUGUAUCAUAGCAGUCCGUACGGACCAGUGAUAUAGUUGUUUUAAUUAAGAACAUUUUAAGUUUUACUACUUCAUUGCAAUAAUGCGAUGGCUAAUUUAAGAAACGUUUUAAGUAAUGAGAUAGAGUCAUAGUUUUUAAAGAAAAAUCGUGCUAUUUAUUGAUAAUUUUUGAUUUACAAAAAUAUCAUCAUGUGUUUUACAGCAAUGAUUAUGUGUAUAUAAAGAUAAAAGAAACUCAGUUGUAUUGUCGCUACAUCAUUCACAGUAUUUAUUCACACUCAUUGAUUUGACGAAAGUCAUAUCUUUAAUGCAUUAAAUUACAAGUUUCUUGCAAUGUUAAAGUACUACAUUCAAAUCUUUAAUAUCAUUCCAGGUCCUAGCUACGAAAGCAAAGUUGGGGAAAUAUACGACAUAAUAAAAUAAUUGUAUCAGACUUCGUGUUUCUUUUUUCGUAUCGCAUGAACAUACGUAGCUCAUGAUUUGGCUAAAAGAUGAA